AUGGCUCCCAUCCCGGAGGCCUAUUUCCCGUCCCUGGACAAGUGCUUCUCCGGGGACUCUCAGCUCUUGUCCUGGAAGAAUGCAUUUCUCUAUACGAAUGACGCCGAACGCCUGACCGACGAUGUAGACAAUGUCGCCGCCUUCCUUUCGCACCCCGACAGCACUCAGCAAUUAUCCCAGAGUCUGAGCCCUUUCUCCCGCCCUUCCGCGAAAUCUAAGUCCGAAUUCGAGUCCAAGACCGCCGCAAUCCAUGCCGAAACGAAUUCGAAAAGCUCAUUCGAUCUGAAGGAGAUCAAGGCAGAUGCGCAAUGGCUCAGUCAGACCGCCAAUAUCGACGAGAUUACCGCUCUGCGCAUCGCUAUCCUCGAAUGGCAGGAUCGCCCAGCCGCACGUCUCACAACUAAGUUUCCCAAUGAGGAGGCUACGAGUCUGCAAAGCGCGGCGGGUGUCGACAACCUUCGUGUUUCGGUAGCUGGCCCGAACCUCGCCAGUAUCUUGAGGCAAACUGGCGGUGAUGACAAUACGUCUUCCUUCGACACGGAAAGAAACCGACGCUUGCGACUACGCAAUAUCUACAUCUCCGAGCGUGGCCAUACCCUAAAGACCCUCCGCAAGCUGCUGGUUCUAUCCCUUCACGAUCGUGCAAACGACUCACACAACUCUGACGAGGCGGGCGCCGCGCGCAAACUUGCAUUGUCCAAGCUAGGCAUGUCUCUGUUCAGAGAGAAAGCAGCCGGUGAUGGAUUGAAGCAAUUUUUGGAAGAGUGUAUCGCCAGCAUUCGAAGGCGCCUAAAGGACGUGGCCGCAGAUGGCGGUUGGCUGGGCGCCUCUGAGAGUAACCAAGAAACAGAAGCCGCCUGGAAGACAACCCUAGUAGAGGAAAUUGUACAUAUCCUCCAGCUGAUGUUUCAUUCUCUUCAACAAUCAACGGAAGUGCCCUCUGGAAUCCUUGUGGAGUCCUGGCUGGAGCUGAUGGCGGAGUAUGACUUUUUGGAAUAUUUGCAAGUGCCUUGCGAGCAACCCAAGGAGCUGCUAUUACCACUCCAAUCUUUUGUUUCGCUGACCACCCUCGCCUUCUUGAAAGUUUCCCUUGUGAUCGGAUCCAUGGGGGGACCCGAACACGCCCCCAAGAUCUUACUCAACGCCUGCACGACGACGACAAUGGUCACUGCCAACCCAGCUGCAUUCUCCUGGGGUUUGAUACUUUACACUUUGCAAAACCUAGCUUCCAAAGAGCAACAAGAUCGAGAGAUGAAGCAACUGAAUAGUGCUGUGGAAUCUUUCCAAGCGCGUACCGCAGGGCCGUCUGGGGGAUCUGAGCCGUCUCUUUACGAAGACUUGAUUGACUGUGCUCGACCACCGCAUAUGAAUGAGGAGCAGGACCCUCUGCUUUAUCUGACUUCUGAUCAGGUCAGAGAUUUGGCCUUCAGCACGAUCAUCACACUCUCUGCCAAGGCGGGGUCUAUGUCAGCAAUCGAUGAUGGUUUAACAUACCGUUGGACGCGUCUGGCUAUGCUUGAUCUUGUUCGCGAGACAAUCAGAUACACUGACUAUUCACCCGAGAUUGUGGAGGCUCUGUUGGCAAUUCUCAGUGGGACGCCAAACUCUUCGUCCUGUCCCUCAGAAGAUUCGCUUAGCCCUGCCAGUGAACCAAAGUCUGUCUUUGCCAAAACUCCAAUACUUAUGGAUGAGAUCUUCCGCGUCUCACGUUCCAGAUUUCCGUACGAAACAGUCCCAUUUCUGAAGCUCUGCCGUGCGCUCGUGAGUCCACACUUGAUCAAUGAGGACGGCCUACCAGAGAUUGUCGAAGAACUCGAGAGUAUCAGUACCUUCACACAGGCAGUCACGUCAGACUUCCAGGGAUACGAGACGAUUCGAGAAGAUGAGAAUGCCAACUUCGUGUCCCUGACACAAGCCCUUCCGAUGUUCGAGUCUCUUUCCCACAGUCGUCUGGUCAGCAAUGAGCCGGAUAAUGCUCUUGUGGUACACGGGUCGUCGGAGAUUCCAGCCACGGCUGUUGGACAAGUUAUUUCUGAAUCGAGACCGGCCGUCAUUAUGUGGCAACAUGAGUAUUCGUGUCUGAGCUACUUGGGAAGCUGGUUAGAAGAGUGGAGUGAGAGUGGCGGUGACACUUCUGGCUGGGAUCCCGAGUGUGGCACCGAGAUAAUCGGUCUCCUAGCUGACCUUGUGGCUAGCUCUCAAGAUGUCCACACCCAUGACUCCCCGGGUACUAGCGCGAAGAGAAUUUUGGAAAUGGCCAGUGAUGGGCUGUCGCGCCAAGGCGAUAUCAUCUCGGUGGUGUUGGAUAUCUUUGAGCGCAACCUACAGAAUGUUGAGGUUCUCCAUGUCCUUCCCAACAGAAUCUGGCCAUUUUUGAGUCGCAGCAGCUUCAUCGGGUCAGACGGCAAAGGCGGAGUAUUAGCUGCGAUCAUUUCGGCAGUAGAGAUCCCCGCUGGGGAGUAUCCAUUCCUUCUCAGCACCCUUCGCUUGUUCGAGGCUGCUGUCGACGAUGCUGUCUCACGCGCAGUACUUCGCAAGUGCCCUGGUAGUGUUUCGGGCAAAUCGACAAUCGCAUCGGACUGGAGUGCGGGUAUCCCCUCCCAUGUCAUGAGAACUAUUUUGCUGAAUUUCACCCGGACAAUGGUUGAGAUUUUCAACAGCAAUGGUAACUGGAGGUUCAACUUCCCUGAGCAACAAUUCGGCAUUAGUGCUGGUCUUGCCAAGGUUUUCGAUCGCAUCCUUUACUACGUCUACGGAAUCAAUGAUUCUACGAAACUUGAAUCAAAAAUCACUGGCGUGUUUUCUGAUUCUGCGGCCUACAUUCUGGACAUGCUGCGGCCUCGUUCAGCCACUGACCUACCUUUUAACGCUAUCCUCCGGCUGAUCACCGAUGGUCUCCAAACUCCACCUACCCUUCACCUCCGCUACCUUGACCUAGUUGUUGACCAGGUCAGCUCCACUCUCAGGCUGAGUGAUAAGCUUGUCCAGUCGGCACGACUCGCUGAGAAGCCCGCCUCACUUCUCGAGGAGCAAUUGUUCAAAGCUACCCCGGUUCUGACCAAACUUUACGCUCUUAAUGAUGCCUACAAACUGCCGGUUGUAUCGUUAUUGGACACCUUGGUCACAAGUGCUUCUUCAAAUUCCGACAAGGAACCUCCAUCUCUUGUUGGUCAUCUUGGGGCAGAGUCGGCUUGCCUUUUCCUUGACGUGCUCGCCCAGCUUGAUAAGUCACUUAACGACAAGCCUCUGCUUCUUGCGAUCUGGCACCUGCUGUCGACCUUUGUGAGCAAACGUCAACAAUGGUUGGCCGUUUUCAUUCUCACUGGCGCAUCUCCUCGUCAAACUUUGAAGAAGACAGAUACCGGUGGCCCGAAGAUGAGAGGCGCGCCAUUCUUACAAAUUGCUCUUGAUAAGCUUGCCCAUCUCGAGAAGGAAGAUCCUCAAGUGGCUUUAUCCCUACUUCAGUUUGUUUCUCGAGCCCAGGAAAACUGGCCAUGGGCUUCGCCUCACCUGCAAAAACACACUCAAUUCUUCGACGGCAUAUUACAUUAUGUUUCGAAGCUGAAAAUUUCCGCUCUGCCUGUAUCCGAGCAAAUAUUUGCGACACGUAUUGCGGCCGUUGUUACAGACAUCUGCGCUGUUUACCUCUUCCCAUUCAAGGAACUGAUCAGGGGAGCACCAUCAGAUAAAGCAACUCUUGAGCGAGGUCGGAAAUUCUUCGCUGACCUCAUCCCCCUGGUACAGUGGCUAUCUAAGGAUGCCGUGGAGGUCUCAGCUUACAAUGCUUCUUUGCACACCAACUUGAAGAAAAACUUCGAGAGGCGCUACUCCGGUUGCAAGAUGACGGACUUCAAGAGAUCUGCACUUGAGUCCCGCACUCUAGGACGUGAUUACUACUACAACCUGGGUAUGGGACAACAGCUCUUGUCGUAUGACUUUGCCUGGGCGGGAAACCGCAAACAAGGCUUCUCCGAGGAGUUUGAGAGGGCCAACAUCAACCUGUCACUUGUUGAAGCACAGAUGACUCUUCUAAACAGCUGGAAAUUCUUCGCUGUUGAACAUUGCCAGGACUUUAUGAGAGCUGGCCAAAUGGUACCCAUCUUGAUGGCAGAGGUAGCACAGAAAUGCCUUGAAGCCAAUAGUCGACCUGUCCCGCCAGAGGCCAUCUUCGCACGUAUUCAGCAAGUUCGAGUUGAUUUUGCCCAGGCACUGACUCAAUGUCUCGUUGAAGAGGGAGCUAGAGGUGCUGAGGUGUUUCAAUUGCUCGAAGUGGUUUGGAAAGCACUGCGCUCUCGUCACCCAACCUACGAGGCAGCCCUCGUUGCCGAUGACACAGAAUACUAUCGCUCCCUCCUCAAUGUGCUAUUCUUAGCCCUCCAAUUCCAUGUGGAUGUGCCCCGAUUGCAGAAUCAGCCAGAGGUCCUCACGAAGGCGGCGAAGGUCUCAUCCAAUAUUCCAGUCAUUGUGGAAGUUGUCAAGACUGUUGUCGCACAAGGCUUCCGAUCCCUGACCUCAUAUUUGCACGACGAGCCGGAUAAGUGCACGCCCAAGGAUUUUGCGAUCAUCAUUGCCAUUCUCCAGACUUGUCUGCAGGUCAAGGACGCCGAUCGACUCUUUGAGUAUAUCACAUUCCACGUCCAGGACAACGAAACCGUCCGACACGCGACAACACUCUUCUCGUGGGCAGAUCAGCUAGCAAUCGCCGGCGACCCUGUCUACGGCGAAGUCAGCCUUUCGUUCCUUGUUAAGCUCUCCACUCUCCCCAUGCUAGCGGAACACCUCGCUGUGGAGGGAGUCCUAGGCAAGCUGUCGACAUGCCGCCUCACCAACAUCCUCCAACAACCCAAGGGAUUCGGACCCUUCGACACUGUCUCCCGACUGUACACAAUCUGGACCGGCGGUUUCCUCCCGUUGUGUCUAAACCUCCUUUUCAACGUCGUCCGUGCCGCCCCCGAAGUAUCCGCCUUCCUCAACCAAUUCGAAGGCCAGCUCAACCGUGCCGCUGAAGCCUUUUCCCACGGCCACUCCACCCCGCAAUCGCAAUGGAUUAGCCUGAGCAUGGCAUCAGAGGCAUAUUCACUUGCCCUGAUCUCCGUCGCUUUGGACCGCUUCCGUCAAGCCGGACCCAGCGCUGGUCUAGACCCGCAGUCCAUCCAGGAACUCAAGUGGGAUAGAUCACACGUCAAGGAUGAUAUUGAAGAACUGCUCAGUCGCCGCCCGUACCUGCGUGGCCGUAUCGUCGCCACUACUGAUAAGGAGGCCGAGAUGUCGAGGCAGCCGCCGCUGGACAAGAAGCGUGAUGCUGAGAACCGGUUGGAAGAAAAGAUCGUGAUUGAGUUGGAGGAUGUGCUGGCCUGUUUGAAUGGCGGCGAGGAAUGA